UCAUUUGCGAGGUCCGUUAAAUGAGGAACACCAUAUUCGAGAAUCGUCAUGUUAAUCGUCAAUGCUUGUCGUUAAUCCAUAUCGUCAUUAUAGUUGAAGGAAAUAAAAGCAGAAACAGAGACGCAUUCUUGAUUACUUAGUUAUUCCUACGGCGUCCUCGCAACAAUUCUCGAAUACAUCCCGGUUCAAGGAGGAAGUUAAGAAGACAUAAUAAGAAGAAACAUAAUAAGAAGAAAUAUGUCUACUACCUGUACAUCUGAUCACCUGAAGCGGGUGAGAGCGGGAUAUCAGUUAACGAAAAUAUACAGACAAUUAGAAGAGCAAAUGCUGUCAAGGGAAAACUCGGAGACAGUAAAAGAGCUAUAUGAAAAGCUUAAAGAGCUUUUCGAAACAUUUAAAAAGUCACACAUGGACUGUCUGGACAAUUAUCACUCUGCUGAUGAGAUCGAGUCGUAUGAGCAGAGUUAUUGUGCUUGUAAAGAAAACUUCAACGAAUUCCAGGAGAGAUACAUCCAGUGGACAACUGACGAAGUAUCGCCUGAAGAACGAUGUUCUGUGGUGACAAGUGCAAGCUCAUCAUCUUCGACAUCGCGAGUGCAGUUGGCUAGGGCAAAGUUGAAGAAGUUGAAAGCAAGGAACACAUUAAAACAACUGACAGAAAGACAAGCUAUAAAGUGCGCUAAAAUUGAACUCGAAAACAAAAGACUGUUUUUAGAGCAGCAGUCGGAAAUAGAAGACGCUGAGAUUGAAGAGCAAGUGUGGCGUGAGGUCGUUGAUGAAGAAAAUGCCUCCGUCAAUGUAGACAUGACGAAACAAGCCGCUAACACCCAAAGUCACUCUGCAAAUUCCGGUUCAACCGGAAACGACGAGUUCACAAAAAUCACUUCCGGUGUACCAUGUGUGGACACGGAGAGACUUUUCAGCCGAGCUAUGAAGGAACCUGGUGAAGAUCCGGUGCGGAGAUCGAGACAAGCGGAGGGCUUGGGGAGAACUUCCGACCACGAGCAAAAUGACUUCCGUUUAGCGUAUAACUUCCCGCACACAGCAACCUUCACGACAAGGGAAGCCGACGGUGCAUGUCGAUCAUCCGGUAGAGCGCGCCGCGACUUCAGGUCUGGGACAGAGGUGCCAGUUGCAGCAACAGAAAGUGUGGUAACGAACAUUGACAUGACUUUUCAAAGGUUAGCAAGUGCUUUACACGAUGGUUUUAGUUUACCAAAGCCGGAACUGUUCAACUUUAGUGGUAAGCCAAUUGAUUACAGUAAAUUUGUUGAGAACUUUGAUACGAACAUCGAAAGUAGAGUAUUAGAUGAUCGUUUACGAUUAAGCUACUUGAUUCAGUAUUGUGAGGGUGAGGCAAAGCUAUGUAUUGAGGACUGUGUAUUGUUAGAUCAUAGCGAAGGCUAUAAAAGAGCAAGAUCAAUCUUACAUUCACGGUAUGGCCGCCCUAAUUUAAUUGCUAGCUCGUACAUCGAUAAAUUAGUACAAUUUAGCCAUCCGAUAUUGAUGCCCUGUUACAAUUAUCAUUAGAAAUGCAAAAGUGUGAAAUAACGUUGUCUCAGCUUGGCUUUGGAAACUGAUAUUGACAAUUCAGAAAAUCUCAAACAAAUUGUUAGGAGAUUACCAAUGCAUAUGCGCACCAAAUGGGUUGAUGUAGCGCACCCAAGGUUACGCAGGCGCAAUUAAUUUCCUUCUUUAUUACAUAUAAAAUAGUUGAAGUUCGA